CGGCUGACCGGGUCGUCCGAUGGCGCGCCGGCCGCGCCCACCCCGGACCAGCUGCGUCAGCUGGAAGACAUUGUUUGCCAGCCCAGGGAACUGGACAAAGAAGAAGCGUGCACCCUGGUGAAACUAGCUCGAUUUUCGAACGUAGACAUAACCAAGAAAACGCUGGUCACAAUUGCGAACUGCUGCGCUUUCACCAGUAACCAGGGUCUGUUCCGGCGGGAGGGUCUGAUGCCAGUGCUGUCGGCUCACCUGCUGCAUCCUUGUCCGGAGGUGCAGGUGGCUGCCGCCCAGACGGUCGCCAAUAUGGCCCUCAGCCAGGAAAACCAGGACCAAAUGCAGGAAUGUGUGGAGGUGCUGCUGUCCAUGCUGGAGACGGAGGACGACGACGUACUAGAACCGAUGCUCUCCUGUCUGGUGAACGUUGCCGUGCUGGACCGCUGGCACGAGCUCUUCACGGCACACCUCUCGCAACUGUACAGCUUGGUGGACGAGGCGCCGCCCCGCCUGCAGAUACACGCCCUGCGUCUGCUGGUGAACCUGUCCUGUAACGACAUGACCGUCCCGGCCCUGUUGGCCGCUCAGGGUCCGCGCAAGCUGCUGUACUACCUGGAGCCGAGCACGGAGGAGACGGUGCUGCUGCGGCUGGUGACACUGCUAGCCGGCCUGACCUCGGCCGCCGCCCGGCUCCACAUCAACCCGGCGCUGGACCUGCCGCCGGCGCAGAAGGUCGCCGCCCCCGACACCAUGUACGCCCAGAUCUACGGCGUCGGCGUGCGCCCCCGAAUGGCGCACAAGGCGUCGGCGCUGGCCGCACACCACCCGGCCGAGGACGUGCGCCUGCAGGCGGACAGGCUGCGCCAGGCGCUGGACGCCUAGCGCCCGGCGCCGUCCCUUCCUCCCCUCUAGUCUGUGCCGACCGGCGCUCGUCGCUGUGCUGUGCUGUUACCCGUCUGGGUGUGCUGGUGUGUAUGCGUGAGUCUGUUGCCUGUUUCCGUUGGCAGAUGGCAGUACUGGUGCGUGCAGCUGCCCGAGUGUUUGACGUUUCGCGGAAGGCUUUCGGGCUGGAUGACAAAAUUUCGUUGCAUGUGUUACCCCGCAGACAUGUGCUGUUUGGUGUGCUUGUUACCAUGUUUGAUAUCGCCAUUGCAGGGAUUUUUAUCCUACUCUCUCCAAAUACCAACAAUUAUAUGUGAAAGCAUUCCCACAUUAGGCGUAAAAUGAUCAACAUUUGGUAGGCCUCUGCUUUGCUCUUCGGAGAUCUUGCAGCUUACGUCGAGUGGAGUGUCGUCUUCAUUCGUAGUUCACGUCACACCGUCCAAAUUUGUUACUGGUACCGAUCAGAUUACUGGUUGACACUCGGGACGGCGGCAGUCCACUUUAAUUAUCACAUCCGUCACGCUUUCCGUGCCCAAACAGACGCGACUCUCUUACGGAUCUCAAUCACAUCCGUCACGCGCUCCGUGCCCAGACGCGACUCUCUUACGGACCUCAAGAUGUUGCGCGCAGUCCUGCUGCGAGUCGUGAAGCUUUCCGACUGACCCAGUCAUCUGGGAGGUGGUUCGAGAUACAAUGUUUGGAAUGAGACAGGAUGUAGUCCCGAUGGUAAUAACUGGAGGAAGGUGGUCAGUGUGUGAUGAGCUUUGUGUGGAGGUCGGCGUAGUGCUUCAGUUGCUUCCAAGAGCUUGCAAAGGGUGAGUUGUCCAUUUGUGAAAUAUUUGUACAGAUGGAGGCGCAAUUACUUGAUGAUAUGCUGCUGGAAAGUAGCAAUACGAUUGAAAAUUACGCCACUUAGAUAUAAUGUUCUGAUUUCUCCCUGGAGAUUUUUUUUUCCUGAACCCCCGGCCGUCUUUAGGUGGCUGGUCGCUCGUAUGAGCCAUUUUCUUCCGUCGCGCAGUUGACCUGUGGCGUGAAAUUAUGUUGUAUUUCAAACACGGCUGUCAAAAACGUGCUGAUCCUCCUGCUGUCACUGCUGAUCCCGCCUAGCACAUCAGUACAUAGAGAGAUCAUGGCACACGAUGUCAUUCGCCCUUGAUAAGUGCAUUAGUUUCAUAUCACUGGAAAAUAUUGGUGACUAGUGCGAUUUCGACGGGAACUACCAUCUUUGUAACAGCAGCUUAAAGCAUGGUGCUGGCUGUUUGUAUUCUGAUCCGUGUUUGGCUCGGCAGGCACCUUGUAAAGUAAGAAUCCUCACGUUACUUUGGUACGAUUGACGUUGGUACGGUUUUCUCUGGUGCUCCACUGAAUCGUCAACGAUCUGUCUUGGUGAGGAAAUAUUGGGAUAAUCUCCGCUGCAUUUCCAGUGGUAAUCAAGAUGCUUGUAAGUAAUCGCUACACGGUGAAGCGGCGACGCCAUCACUAUGCGUCUGUGGUGGAGAGUUUGGCUCAAAUGUGUCUCAUGGAAUAUACCUCACAAAACGAGGUAUUUGCGAAUCUCUUCGAUUUUCUAUGCUUUGACGGGCAAACUAUCGUCAAUUAUCAGGUUAAGUAACAUAUCGUCCCAAGCUGCCACACUGAAAAUAAGCCAGAAAAUACUGGUUAAAUUCUCCACUACACCUCCCGCCCCAAGAUGCCCAAGGUUAGGCAAAAAAGGGCAUUUUCAGGUUUCGAAGCAAAUAUAGGUAAGAAUGUUUGCUAGUCAAAAGAAAUGAAAGCUAAUUAUUUUUUCUCAGAAGCAUGACAUUUUUAACUUCACCCCCCAAUCCAACACUGCCUCACCGCCCACUGCAGCGGCAUUCUGGAUCCACCCUUGCCCUCUGCUGACAGCAGGGCGCAACGCCUGAUUUAGUCGUUCCAGCUGGUUCCCCUGACGCCCUGUUUAGUUGUUCUGGCAGACAUGGUUGCUUUGUACAACUGCGUUGAUGAACAGAAGUAUCGCAGUCGUUUCUCAAUGUUUUACGCCUGUUGUGAGCUUCUGUCUGUUAUUGUCCAGUCGUCCAGUCGCUGAUAUUCCACGAGAUCGCCAAUGCAGUGCUACAUCCAAGCCGCGCUGCGGGAGCUGAUUUCUAUUGUGUUGCUCCGCGUGUACAUGGUUAGACAGCAGGCUGGUCCAGACUAUAAUGCUUUGUUUUUACAGUGUUCGUGAGAUACUGUCCGCUCGCGGACACUUGCAAGAUGCAAGAACUACGUCCUUUUUGUUAUUUUUAUAUUUAUUGUCUCGUCCUUGCUAUAUUUGCGUUUUUUUAUGGCUGAUAGUAAUGGAUGUGAUUAUUGUUCUGUCUCGGAACGAAAU